AUGUUCCUCCAUGAGGUCCUCUUGAGAGCAGUGUCCGAGACCGAUAACGAUAAGGACCACGACGUGGGAGUCGGCACGACCAUCGACACGAGUGACUAUGCUGCCGCAAAGAGAUAUGCUGCUGCCGCUUUGCUGGCCGUCGCCAUUUAUAAUGCCAUCGAAAUGGUGCCAAUCAUAUAUUUCACCUUCUCGAGGUUCUCUGGCCUGUACUUUUGGAGUAUGGUAACCGCUGUGACCGGCGUUCUGAUCAACGGAAUCGGCUUCGUGUUGAACAAUUUCCAGUUGACAGGUAAUCAAACCCUCCCGACGAUUCUGACCACCACGUUCUGGGUCCCCAUGGUCUCAGGCCAGAGCUUCGUACUCUACUCCCGACUCUACCUCGUCAAUCUCGACAAACGGAUCCGCCGCUACGUGCUGACCAUGAUCAUUGUCAACGGCGUGGUUUUACAUACGGCGACGGCAGUGACGGCCGCCGGGUCGAAUAGCAAGGUGUCGUCCCUCUUUAUCACCCCCUACGCCAUUAUCGAGCGGAUCCAGAUCACCGUUUUCUGUCUCCAGGAAUUUAUUCUGUCGGGGCUCUACGUGUGGAAGGCAUGGCGUUUCCUAGCUGUCUACCGGAGCGGCGGGAGCAAGACGCAGGACAAGCUGCGUGCGAUGAUGUUGCACCUCAUCUUAUCGAAUGUUGUGGUGGUCUCGCUGGACAUAACGGUUAUCGUUCUUGAGCACAUUGGACUUUAUUAUCUACAGGUCGCCUACAAGGCCUUUGUCUACAGCGUAAAGCUAAAAUGCGAAGUCGGGAUCCUCAAUAAGCUGGUGGACUUCGUCAAGUACACGAGCGCCAAGCGGCAGCAGGACUCGAGCGACAGCUUCCGCAUGACGUCGCAGAUCGAGCGCGAGUGGGAGAAGACGCUGCGAACGACUUUCGGAGUCACGGGGACCGGUCUCGGGGACGAUGACGACGACGAAGUCGACAAGCACAAGCAACAAAACCAGCAGCAGCAGCAGCCCGCUGAGGUGCAGCAAAAGGCCAGGCAGGUCCUUGGGGUCAUCGACGAGAGGCGCAGCAGUGGGAGCGGUAGCACCCGUGUCGACGGGGCCUCCAUGGACGGCGGUUCGGGUCUAAUGGUGCCUGGUGGGGUGGCCCUGGGCUUGCGCGAGAGGCGAGGCAGCUUGGAAGAGCCCGGCCGGUCGUCGUAG